ACAUCACAGGCUCGUGUUUAUUGCAACGUGUCGAGAUUUUUAAAUUGGUGGAGAAAACCAAUUAAUGUGUUUCAUUUUUUCCCCUCAAAUGCUUUCAUUCGUUUGAAAAUACUUUGGUGCGUUUGUUGGAACGAAUACUAGAAAGUUAACAUGGCAGAUUCAAAUGCUGAAAUUGGUCCUGAAAAGCCUUCAUUUAUAACAAGAUUUUUUACAUUUCUAAAACAGAGACAUCAAAAGUUUCUAGAUGAUGUGACGCCAUACAUGCCGAUACGUUGGAUAGUCACCUUAAUACUUUUUAUUGUUUUCUGUGUAAGAUUUUUGUAUUUACAGGGCUGGUAUAUAGUUUCAUAUGCAUUGGGCAUUUACUUGCUCAACUUAUUCAUUGCUUUCCUGACGCCACGAAUAGACCCUGCAUUAGAUCAAGACUAUGACGAGGAUGAAGAUGGGCCAACAUUACCAACAAAGGCUGAUGAGGAAUUUAAACCAUUUAUACGAAGGCUACCUGAGUUUAAAUUUUGGUAUGGUUGUACACGGGCCAUUGUAAUUGCUUUGAUAUGUACAUUUUUCGAUGCAUUCAACAUUCCUGUUUUCUGGCCCAUCUUGGUGAUGUACUUUAUCAUUCUGUUUGUGUUAACCAUGAAACGACAGAUAAAGCACAUGAUCAAAUAUAAAUAUUUACCCUUCACACAUGGCAAGAGGAAAUACCAAGGCAAAGAUGACGGCAAAUUGGUAAACUCUUAAGUCACUUGUUUUCACAAGAAGAAGAGGGUACAGAGGUGACCAGUGAGGAUAUCUAAUGACAUCAGAUGAUAACUUAACAGAACAUUAUAUAAUUAAAGUAAUUCUGAGCCCUCAACAUUUGAAUGUGUAAAAAAGACUGAUGAUGGCUAUGGACCUUCUUUUAUACCACAUGAAUAAUUGUGAAAUAAUUAUAUAGAUAUAUUGAAUGGUACAAUUCUUUAUUGUACUAAAAAGAUUGGAUAGUCCUCAUGUUUAGCUUACAGCAAUACAGAAACACUUUUAAUUUAAGUUAAUUACAUUCCUUUUGUGAGAUUCUUUAAGCUUUCCCAGAUGAUAAGGCCUGUGACCCUGUCUUUCUGAUUUU